AUGGACGCCAUUGGAUCGGUCAGCGCAGUCCUCGGAAUCGCUCUCUUUGCAUUGAGUAUUGCGAAGCAGCUGCACGAGGUCAUCGAUAUCAUGAAGGAUGCACCAGAUAGCGUUAUGACGAUUGCCAGGGAUGCACAUGAUUUCCACGCAAUCAUGGAGUCGCUGCACACUAUUUUGACCGAGCGCAGUGUGAACUAUUUGGUCGAGCGCCAUCCCACUUUUCGACAGCAGGUCGAGAACUUGAAACGACCCAUUCAGCACUGCUGCGAGCUAGUGAGCAGCGUCACUACGGAGCUACAGCUUUGGUUCGCGUGCCAGAGCGGAGGCAUCAAGAAAGCCGCGAAACGAGUGCGCUUCUACGAUGCGCCAUCCGUUGCGACUUCGUGA